UAUGCUGCUUGCCUGUGUUGUUUUGUGUGCAUGAAGAGUGAGUGGAAGCGGAGGGACGUGUGCUCAGGUCCUUUUAACAAAGAACCUGGACACUGUGUGAAUGUGUGUGUGAUGUGACCACUUUGGAUAUUACCUUCUAACAUUUGCACUUUUGAAAAAGAGUUAGCUAGCUGUAGUUUAUACAAUUUGAGAGAAGAUGUCCACUGAGUGCCAGAAGACCACUGCCAAGGCCAUCCCGUCGACCAGGAGGGUGACCGUAAACGAUGCAGCCAACAUGCCCCAUGACUACUCCACGACUCCCGGAGGCACUCUGUUCAGCACCACCCCGGGCGGUACCAGGAUCAUCUACGACCGGAGGUUCCUGCUGGAGAAACGCAGCUCCCCGGUGGCCCGAACUCCCCCUCAAGGUCUGCCCAACAUUCCUGGUGUGACCAGUCCUCCUUCCAAAGAUGCCUGCAACAAGGCCCAUCGUGGAGAACUACUGAACAACAACAUCCCUGGGCCUGAUGGCAGCAUCACUGGUGAGGAUGCACAGUUCGAAAUGGACAUCUAGAUGCUCCUGGUACAAGUAAUCAUACAUCAGAUUUCCCGACAAGAUGCUGUUAAGAGAGGCACAGGGGCACCGUCUCUUUUCCCAUCAUCCACUCCGCAAGGACGGAGGUCUGCUCUGUGUGUCUGUAUCGAUAUUGUUUGUUUGUUUGUUUUGCCCAGAACAAAUCUUUAAAGAACCUUUUGUUUGUCUGCCUAAAAGCCUAAACUUGAUUUAUGUGUUACUAAGUGUGCCUUCCUGUAGUGGCUGAAAGUUUAAAAUCGACAAUUAGAAAAAAAUUCAGCAACUGAGCCCAAUCCCUGAGAACUGAGAGUAAUGGUGUCUAAUGAAAUGGGAGAAACUGUAUUUGAAAUCUGCAGAAUUUAUGACCAUUCCGUGUGUGUGUGUGUGUGUGUGUGUGUGUGUGUGUGUGUGUGUGUGUGUGUGUGUGUGUGUGUGUGUGUGUGUGUGUGUGUGUGUGUGUGUGUGUGUGUGUGUGUGUGUGUGUGUGUGUGUGUGUGUGUGACCUGAUGUGGCUUUAUUUCCACGCAUUUCCUGACAACUCUAUUCAGAUACUGCCUUGAAAUUUCCAAGAUUGUCUGUAAUUUGUCAAAUGUGCUUUUAUAAAACAAGUUCUUCACCUGAAGUGUCAUGCAGAGAAAGUAAAACAUCUUUUUUGAUGUAACCUGAUGAUGAGGUUUCACACAAUUUGUAGGAUGACAAAACAAUAAAGCAAACAAAAUGAAAGCAAUCAA